AUGUUGGAAGAUGACGCCCUUCCCCAAGGCGAGGUGAUCGGAAUCGUGAUUGGAGCCAUUGCGCUGUUUUCGAUAAUCAGCAUCCUUCCAAUCUUCCUGGUUUGGCACCGCAGGAGAAGACAGGCUGCUGCUGCUGCCCGCCCUGUAAAUCAGGCUCUUGUCCUAAGCUCCUCUAUGGAACAGGUUUCCGUGGAGAGAUGGCUCGAACAGCAGAACACUAAUAGUGACAUUGAACAAUAUGCUGAAGACACCUGGUAUGUUCAUCUUCCGUCUUUUCCAUCUGCCUCCUCCUCCUCCUCCUCCUUCUUUUCUGUGUCAUUUCAUCACCCGUCAUGGGUCUUAGCAUUCGGUUUGGCACUGGGAUUGGCACUGGCAAAGCCCCGACGCCGACCUCUUGGCCUGAUCCAAGGAUGA